ACUUCCGGUUGGAGUGUAAAUGGAUACAUGACACAGUUGUUUGGAGGAAAGCUACCUACUCGAAAAGCCCCUUCACGUACAUUAAACUAGCGACGCGGGUUUUGACAUCCUAACGGCUGACGGCCCCCCACCCCUCUUUGGAGACUCGGCCGCGAUGGAGGCGGUCCCCCGGAUGCCGAUGAUCUGGCUGGAUCUGAAGGAGGCAGGGGAGUUCCCGUUCAGCACGUCCGUCCGGCAGUUCAUCCUGAAGAACUAUGGAGAGAAUCCUGACAACUACAACGAACAGCUGAAGAAACUGGAGACUCUGCGGCAGAGUGCUGUAAAUGUGACGAGGGAUUUCGAGGGAUGCAGCACACUGAGGAAGUACUUCGGCCAGCUGCAUUACCUCCAGAGCAGAGUCCCCAUGGGAACUGGGCAGGAGGCUGCAGUACCCAUCUCAUGGACGGAAAUCUUCUCUGGAAAAACAGUCACCCAUGAUGACAUCAGCUAUGAGCAGGCCUGCAUCCUCUAUAAUCUCGGAGCCCUACACUCCAUGUUGGGAGCCAUGGAUAACAGGGUAUCUGAGGAGGGGAUGAAGGUGUCCUGUACACACUUCCAGUGCUCGGCGGGGGCGUUCUCCUACCUGAGAGACCACUUCAGCCACAACUUCAGCGUGGACAUGAGCCACCAGAUCCUUAACCUCAACAUCAACCUCAUGCUUGGUCAGGCUCAGGAGUGUCUGCUCGAGAAGUCCAUGCUGGACAACAGGAAGAGUUUCCUGGUCGCUCGCAUCAGCGCUCAGGUGGUGGAUUACUACAAAGACGCGUGCAGGGCUCUGGAGAACUCGGAGACAGCGUCCAUGCUGGGAAAGAUUCAGAAAGACUGGAAGAAACUGGUUCAGAUGAAGAUCUACUACUUUGCUGCGAUUGCACACCUUCAUAUGGGAAAGCAGGCCGAGGAGCAGCAGAAGUACGGAGAGCAGGUGGCGUACCUGCAGAGCUCCAUCGACAAACUCAGUGAAGCCAUCAAACUGGCAAAGCAGGGUCAGCCUGACAGCGUGCAGGAGGCCUUGAGGUUCACCAUGGACGUCAUCGGGGGAAAGUUCAAUUCGGCCAAAAAGGACAACGACUUCAUCUACCACGAGUCAGUUCCUUCUCUGGAGACUCUGACGUCGGUCAAAGGUGCCCCUCUGGUUAGAGCUCUACCGGUGAACCCCACAGACCCCAGCGUUACCGGACCAGACCUGUUUUCCAAGUUGGUGCCCAUGGCGGCCCACGAAGCCUCUUCGCUGUACAGCGAGGAGAAGGCCAAGCUGCUGCGAGACGUCGUCACCAAGAUAGAGGGCAAGAAUGAAACACUAGAACAGUUCAUGGACUCUCUGGGCUUGGAGCCAGAGUCCGUCGACAACCUGGACAUGUACAGCCACAUCCCUCCGGUCCUGAUGGAAAAAUGUGCCGCUCUCAGUGUUCGACCCGACACCGUCAAGAGCCUCAUCCAGUCCAUGCAGGGGCUCUCCGGUGUCUUCACUGAUGUGGAGUCGUCACUGAGAGAGAUCAGAGACGUCCUGGAGGAAGACGAGGGCGGUGAGCGAGCCCUCCUGGAGGCCUGCGGCCCCGCUUCGGCUGAGAUGCACCCAGCGGCGCAGGCUCAGUCUCUGGCUGAGAUCCGCAGAGACCUGGAGAAGUACAUGGAGGCCCAUGAGAAGGCCAGUUUCACCAACACGGAGCUCCACAGGGCCAUGAACCUGCACAUCAGCAACCUGCGUCUUCUGGGGGGGCCACUGGAGAGUCUGAGAGAUGCUCUGCCCCGGCCCCAGCUCAAUGAAGAGGAAGUCGCCGGGCUACAGUGCAUGAAGAGGAUCUUGGGGAAAGUGCAGGAAAUGAGGGAACAGAGAAGUUCUCUGGAGAAACAGCUCCGCGACCUGAUCCAGCAGGACGACAUCACCUCUACCCUGGUCACCACGGAGAGGGCCGACAUGAAGCAAAUAUUUGAGGAGCAGCUGAAGAAGUACGAGCAGGUGAAGGUGUAUAUUGAUCAGAACCUGGCAGCUCAGGAGAACAUCCUGAAGGCGCUGACCGAGGCAAACGUCCAGUACGCCUCAGUGCGUAAGGGCUUGAGCCAGACUGAGCAACAGUGGAACGGCACCGUCCAGGGACUGGUGGGCUCCUAUGAAGCCUACGAGGACCUGAUGAAAAAGUCCCAAGAGGGGAAGGAGUUCUACGAGGACCUCGAGGCCAAAGCAUCUCGUCUUCUGGAGAAAGCUAAGACCUUAUGUCAGACCAGAGCAGAGGACAGGAAGCCCAUCCUGGAAAAAGAGACGCAGAAGAAGCCACCUGCACGGCCUACAGCAGCUAAACCCUCCUUGCAUACUAAGGCCCCUGAUGUCGACUCUGCCUGCUCCAGUCUGGACGACCCCGAGUUGGCCCAGCUUAGUGCAGCCAUCUUGGCCUUGGGAGGUGACCUACCUGAGGAGCUCCUCAGCCUCCCUCCUGACAUGUCUUCCCUCCCCAACACUGCACUUCGUAUGCCUGGUCCAGAGGCCUACAUCCCUCCUGGUGCUAAUUUGGGCGGCAGCAGCUCACUGCCUUGGCCUGGUGCUCCAGCUGCUGGUCAUCCUCGCUUCCCUGCCAACCUGCCUCCUCCAGAACUCCUGGCAAGGAUAGCUCAGUUUCCUACUUCUGGAGCUCUGCCCCGUGGACCCCUCCCUCAAAUGAAUCCACAAAUGCCUCCACAUAUGCCAACCCAAGCAGCAGUGCCGGGUUAUCGACAACCACAUCCACAAGUCCCCCAACCUGGUCCUGUUGCUCCUGCUCCAGUCCGACCGUCCACCACAACUGUGGAUAGCAUCCAGGCCCCAAUCCCCAGCUACGCCCCCACUCAACACCACCCUGUCCAACCUGUUGCCUCAACUGGCUACGCCCUACCCCCACAGAUGGGGGCUUACCCACAGUUUAUACCCCAACCAGGAAUGACCAUGCAUGGCCAAGCCCAAGCUCUGCGUCCCAACCACAGCAGCAGAAGCAGCCACAGCAGCACUACCCUCAGCCCAUUGGACAGCCACUGCCUCAGGGCUACCAGCCUGGACCAAGGGGCCCUCCCUGGCCCCCACCCUCCUCUCCAGAACCAGCAAGCAUACUCACAUGGAUAUAUGCCCCCUCAGCCUGGUGUUCCUCCUCAGUACCAGCAAGUAUUUCCAGGUCAGCUGCAGCCUCAUCAGCACAACGGUUAUCAGCCCCGGCCCCAGAUACCCCAAGGCUACCAGACACCCCACUGCUAUGUACCCCAGCAGCCCCCUCGGAUGAUGCCAGGCUCUAUGCCAACACAACCUCAGGUCCAGAUGCCGCCUCAAACUGGGCAUCCACAAAUACCCCCAACUUCUCAGCAAGCACCUCCUGUAUCUCAACCCUACCUGCCCCAUCCUAACCAACAAAUGCCACCCAGACUCCCAAAUCAACACAUGAUGCCCCAUCAGCAACACAUUACAAUGCCCCCCAAUGCCCAACAGAUUCCACCUCACACACAGGUACAGAUGCCAGGAGGUCCCAGAGCACAAAUGCCCCCGACAAGUCAGCAAAUGCCCCCAGCCUCUCAAAACUAUAUGGCCCCUACAAGUCAGCAAAUGCCCCCAGUCUCUCAGAACUAUUUGCCCCCCACCAUCCACCCUUCCAUGCACCCACAGAUGCCUCCUGCUUCACAACCUCAUAUGGUCCCUGGCGCUCAGGUCCACCUGCCAAGGGGCCCUCUGCCUCAGAUGCCUCCAGGUGGAAUGCCACCACAUCACCCACACCCUGGACAGCCUCCUGUACCACACAUGCCCCAGCAGCCCAUGCGGAUGCCCAGCCAACCACAGGCUCAGCCCCCUCAUUCAGGGGGAGUAUGCUACCCAGGGGCUCCAAUGAUGCCUCAACAGCCUCUGGCACCACAACCUGCAGCCCCCCAAAAACCUCAGGCUCCUCCUCCAAUGACCCAUCCACAGCCCUCUACCAUGUACCCUUCAGGUCCAGGAGCUAAUGUACCUCCAAGUACCCCACUACAGCCCACUGCCAUGGCCCCACAUGGGCCACAUGUUCCCCCUGCCCAGCACAUGAUCCAGCCCUCUCCUGGACCUCCCGUGACCCAACCACCAAACCCUGUUCCUCCUUCCCCUUCACCUUCUCCCUCCCCAUCUCCCUCUCCUGGUCCUGCCUCUCUGGUUCUGAACCCCCAGCAGAGACCCACACCAGCCCCCACCUCGGGAAGCAAAGCUCCUCCCACUCUUCCCUCCCCCUCGGCCGUCUCUCCCUCCACAUCGCUGUUUCAGCGCCAGAACUCAAGCACAGAUGACCUCCUCUCUUCGAGCCCUGAGAGCAUACCAGGAGGCACCAAGGCCCCCACAAAUGUCCUCCAACCCACCAAAGCCGACCCGCAGGAUGGAGAGCGUCGGAGGAGGAGCUCACAGGGAGUUCUUCUGAUCCAGGGUGACCCAUAUCAAGCCCCAGAGCGUGUCGCUCGCCUUCAUGGUGAACUGGAACGUUAUAGGGCCCGGGUAGAUUCCCUGGAGCACCCCUCAGAGAGUGAGGGUGGGCUAUCUGUGUUGGACGCUCGUUGGAAAGAGCUACAAGACCAGCAGGAGAAGGAUGCCCGCCAACUCUCCAUCGCUAUCGCCCGCUGCUACACAAUGAAGAACCGUCACCAGGAUGUCAUGCCCUAUGAUAUUAACCGUGUGGUUCUGCAGUCAGGAAAAGACGACUACAUCAACGCCAGCUAUGUGGAGGACUUGUCUCCGUACUGUCCACGCCUUAUUGCCACGCAGGCGCCGCUCACAGGCACAGCGGCUGACUUCUGGCUGAUGGUUUACGAGCAGAAGGUGUCGCUGAUCGUCAUGUUGGUUUCAGAGCAAGAGCUAGAAAAGGGAAAGGUUGUGCGCUACUUCCCAACUGAGCGUGGGCAGCAGCUCGCUCAGGGACCAAUCACGCUCAGCCUCACCACACAGAAGGCGACGCCGACACAUGUGGAGCGCAUGAUCAGCCUGCAGUACCGUGACCAAAGUUUGAAACGCACUGUGGUCCAUCUCCAGUCCACCUCCUGGCCCGAGCUGGGUCUUCCUGACAGUAAGAGCAACCUGCUGCGCUUCAUCCAGGAGGUUCAUGGACACUACCUCCACCAGAGGCCCUUACACACACCUGUUGUUGUGCACUGCAGCUCGGGUGUGGGACGCACCGGCGCCUUCUGUCUGCUGUACGCUGCACUGCAGGAGCUGGAAGCAGGCAACGGGAUCCCCGACCUCCCACUGCUGGUGAAGAAGAUGAGACAACAGAGGAAGAACAUGCUGCAGGAGAAGCUUCACCUGAAGUUCUGCUAUGAAGCUGUGUUGAAGCACGCUGAGCAUGUCCUCCAGAGACACGGCAUCACUACCGCCACCUGCAGCAAGAACGCUGCCUCUGCAUCCACAAAGCCUUACUCGAGACAGGAGUCCCAGCAGGACCUCGUCCUCGGGGGGGACAUGCCCAUCAGCUCCAUCCAGGCCACGAUCGCCAAGCUCAGCAUCCGCCCCCCCAGCGCCACAGACCCUGCAAUGGAUGCCCCCUUUGGCAUGGAUGAGCAGGUCGUCGCUUCCUUACCCGACCCGUACUCGUCGAGUGAUGUUCAGCCGCUCCAGGAGCCCUCCCCUCUCUCAGAGCCGCUGCCCCCCUGCUCCUUCAGUCCUCCUCUCACUUCCCCGACUCAAUCUCCACCCCCCACCAAACGGCCUGGAUGCUGCCUCCCCCUGCACGCCACCAGCCAUUCACGAGCCCCUCCCAGAGGGGACUCCCAGCCUGAGCCCGCCUCCUCCUGCUUCCGGUCCGGCUCCGUCCUCCCUGGAGCUGCUGGCCUCCCUCACGCCCGAGAACUUCUCCAUGGAGGGAGGCGGGAAGGGGAAGCAGCGGGUGACCAAGCAGAGCUUCCUGCAGCCGGCCGAGGGUCAGGGUCUGCACGGGACUCGAGAGGAGGAAGGGGACGACCCGCUCAGCAGCCUGGACCCCCUGUGGAGCCUCAACAAGACCUGAGAGGAGUCCACAAACCGUUGCUUUUCUCUCAGCUCUCUCUAAUCCUGCUUUUAAGAAGAAAAAAAACAUUUAGCCGUGUUUAUUUCCAAGACGUGCCUGGUGGCAGACAGUAGGGUUCCAGUUUUGAAGUUAGGUGUAUUCCUUCUGGCUACGGGGCCUGAAACACACUCGCGUCUUCUUCCAUCACUGGGGGCUUCUGGGACCAGAUCACUAUGCACUCGUCUGUGUUCCUUCAUUCCUUCUGUCGCUUUUUGCUGCUUUUUAUUUUCAACUGUCUGUGAUAUAUGAAUGUUCUGCACUUCAGCCAGAGCUGGGCCCCCGAAAUGAAGGAAAAACUCCCAGCAUGCACUCCACUUUUGCGGCCUCCCUUUUUCGCAGGUGGUCGUCACCAGGGUUUGUUUGGACCGGAUCUCAAACUCCACCUUGAAGUCUAAAACUGAACGCUCACGGACUUUAAGGGCGUCGGACGUUCAGUGUGUGAGGGAUUUUAGAUGGUACAAGAAAGGAUCACUUUUUCUGACAUGGCCCCUGGCUUAGAGGAUGAAACAGAUUUGUGCGCCCCCCCCAAACCCAAACUAAAAGGUAACUUAAAGGGACAGGCCAUUUUAAAAUAUCAUCAAGGUCAUGAACGUUUAUUUCCUCAUUAAGUUCAGAAGCAUAAGCAUUUAUUGCCCCUUUUCUAAUCACACUAAUCACAUCUAUUUCAAACACAUUAGAGUAUCUCAAAGAUUUUAUAUUUAUCUUCUUUCUUUUUUUACUUCACAAAGUAACACAACCGAGGAGCAACAUUUAACUGACUUUUCUUUGAGGUUCAAAGGUCAAAACGUAGAACUCACUCAAAGAUGUUCGUCCACCGUCACAAUUUAAAGUCACACUGAAAUACAGAGAGAGCUGCAAGCAGAAGAAAUAGUUACAUUUAAACUGAAGUUCUGCCUCUGAUGUGGCAAAAUAAGUAGCCCUAAGGUGACCAUUCAGAUUUUGGGGGGCCCAAGCCACCCAUUCAGCAAGAUUCACCCAUUCUGUGCCCCUGCACAGGCUGCAUGCAUCUGCCCCUUUCAUGUCACUAUGCCCCCCCCCUCUUCCUCUCCCAGUUUUAGAAGCACUGGACUAAUGGGACACUAUCAUGACGUCACACAUGUUGCCUGGUAACAAGAUGCACCAAAAAAUUAUAAAAAAAGCCCUUCUCCAGUAUUUAUUAUAUAUUCUGUAAAAUCCACUUCAACAUGUUCCUCUAACACUAAUAUGUGUCCCGAGUCUGUCUUCAAACCCCCCAAUGAUGAGAAAAGUCAAUCCUCUCCGUCUCUUGCCUGCUCCACUUUUCAGAAAAUGUGUGUUCAAACAGGCCGUUUGGAGAGUUUCCCUUCAUGACAUCACAAAGCGCAGUAGCCCCUCCCCCAGGUGGGUGACACUCCCACAGCUAGGUGUUUGUUCUGCCCUCUGAGUCUGCCUUCUCACUGUAAACAAUAGGACAUGGGAGCGAGAAAGCACCGAGCACAGCCAAGCCCUUCCAGAAAGGGGGCGUGGUCAAACACAAGGGGGCUUGCCGAUUGCGUCUUUAAUGAACUCCAGGUAUCAGAGCCCUCACACGCCAGACGAUCCGAUCCCGUUGUGGGACAGUGCCAAGCCUCAAAGUCCGUGAGUCGGUCAGUGUGGAGUUUAAGAUUCAGUCGUUGUGUUUGAACUGUCGUAAUGGAUGCACGGCCCUGAGGAGCAGAGUGGGAGGAGCUUAUUCUUAAGGAGACAAACCCCCUUCAGCUCAAAUCAGCGCGUGUAGUACAGUCAGCCUGUAACACAGAGCAGCAUCGAAUCAGCACGUCUCUACAAGUUGAUUAAGUUUUCUCAUCCUGUAACACUGUAAAUAUCUUAAAUAAAUAAAAGACUAUUAAAAAAUGCA